CUCGGCACUUUCCCCCCCUUGCCUUGACCAGUGGCCACGACCCCAAUUGAUGUCACAUUUAGGGGACCUGGUCGCGCAUAUCAAUCCGGGCUGUUGGGUUCGUUCACAAGCGAAUCUUUUUCUCAUUCCCAUUGUGUCAUUCAUCUUCUUCGUCGUUCAUACCAUCCCUUUUCCUCAUUUGCUUCACAGAUACUCAUCAGGGUAGAUUAAGAGGCGCAGCGCACUGAAGUGGUCGUGUUUGGCCUUGCGAAACGCCAAGACUCGGUGUAUAGAGGAGAGAUUUCCUCAAGGCUUAGAGGCGAGCACAUCAACAUCAUCAUCAAAGACGGUAGACGGCAAUCGAUUUAGAGCCAUAACUUUGAGUCAGAGAGCAUACCGGCACAAUGGCAUCAGGUAGAUCAACAAUCAUCCGGCCUCCGCCGGAUGACCCGAACAAGAGUCCGAUGGAGAACGUCUUGGAGGUGACGGAGCUCGGCGUGCUUGGUCCGGACAUCUUCACCAAUACGCGCACACCCUGGCAUCCGCCCGGCGCCCGCGGCAUCUUUGGCGGCGCCGUCAUCGCGCAGUGCCUUGCCUCCGCGCAGAAGACGGUGCCCAACGACUUCUUUCUCCAUUCGUGCCACUGCUACUUUCUCCUCGCGGGCUCCUCCGAGAUCCCCAUCCUCUUCCACGUGGAACGCGUCCGCGACGGCCGCUCCUUCGCCACGCGCACCGUGCAGGCCCGCCAGCGCGGGCGGUGCAUCUUCACGACGACCGUCUCCUUCGUUAAGGAGGGUAGCGGCGGUGAGAAGCAGGUCCGGCACGCGGCGCCGCUGCCCGACGGCGUAAAGCCGCCCCCGGACAACUGGAAGGGCGAGCCCGAGUGGAGCACGCACUCGCCCUUCCAGACGCACCGCAUCUCGAUUGUCGGGGCCAGGGACAAGGGCAAGAGGCUCGACGAGCUGAAAUCGCGCAACUGGGUGCGCGCGCGUGGCCGCAUAUCGGUGAGCGGCGGGCACCAGGCGCACCUGAACGCACUGGCGUACAUGUCGGACAGCUACUUCAUCGGCACCGUCGGGCGGAUCCACAGGCUGUGGCGGUUCCCCUUCAAGCCCGAGGAGUUUGACGACCUGCCGCCCGAGCUGCGGGAGCAGGUCGAGAGGCUCAACGAGUUUGAGGGCAAUACCGAGGCCGGCGGGAUCGAGUACUGGAAGACGAGGCCUCACUUGGGCAUGAUGGUCAGCUUGGACCACUCUAUCUACUUCCACGAGCCGAGGCGGGUGAGGGCCGACGAGUGGAUGUUUACCGAGAUGGAGAGCCCCUGGAGCGGCGACGGGCGGGGCGUGGUGCUGCAGAAGAUUUUUGCGAGUGAUGGGACGCUUUUGGCGACUUGUGUUCAGGAGGGUGUCGUUCGGUUGAAGCAACAGGAGGACGAUGACGAGAAGGAGCCAAAGCCCAAGUUGUAGAGCGCAAUUAUGGCGUGCAUGAGAGUGUAGAGGUAGUGUACCAGCUCUGAGUCUGUUUCAACAAUCUGCUUGUCAUACAACAAGAGCGUUUGUCAUUUCGAUGAUUUCAUCACGAGGUCUUGUCCUCUGCUUCUCGAGCUGUGUGGACAUCGCAACGCCCAUGACGAAAUCAUCUAAAUGAUGAAAGCUGUUCUUGGUCGUUGAGAAUGAUUGAAUAUGGAAGUUCGUUCACGACGCCAAUGAUCAACAAGUGUGAACAACUACCAUGUGUGAUGCUUGCAGUACUAGAAAGGCCUUCGCACUUGGGCGUUUCCCCGUAGUGACUAGCAGAGUUCAUAGAGUUCUGUCGCAGAUCGCAAAACUCGUUUAGGAAACCUAUCGCCCGGCCGCCUCUAUCACGAAUACGCGUCGGACCGCUGAUUAACCUACGUCACGUACAAUGCUGCUCUA